CCGCGAACCACUUUGGCCUCCGUCCAUUGGUCUUCAGUUCGGUAGUCGCGCGCAGAUGGCGAACACUAACAACGACGGCAGUAGCGCAUGUGACGCAUCGAACGCUACUGCGCCUGUCAGCCUAGAGUCUGUCGCACCACCCAAAGUUUCCGCAAACCGCGAGGGUCUGUCAAGCGCUGAACGAGCCGCUCGCAUCCGUGCCGCUAUUGACAGGGCCCCGCCCUGGGUGGUGGAUCGCAAGGUCAGGUCACUCCUGAACAAACUCACGAUGAAGAAUUUCACCUCGAUCUCGAACCGGAUCAUCGCUUGGGCACACAAAAGCGAGAAGGAGAAGGACGGCCGCACGCUUAUUAAGGUCAUUCGUCUGGUGUUCGAGACGGCAAUAACCCAGGCCGCAUGGAACAGCAUGUACGCGCGUCUCUGUCGCAAGAUGAUGUGGCAGAUUAGCGAAGACGUGCAGGACGAUGACAUCAAGAACGCGGAGGGCAAGCCGAUCGCUGGUGGCCAGCUGUUCCGCAAAUACCUCCUCAACCGUUGCCAAGAAGACUUUGAGCGUGGUUGGGCAAUACGCGAGAAGACCACAACAGCGGCGGAACCCAAGGCGACGGACGAGGAGGACAGAGUCGAAAACGAAAAGAAAGGCUCGACAGACGACCCGGGGCUGUACUUGGAUGAAUAUUAUGCUGCCCAGAAGGCGAGGCGCCGGGGUCUUGGUCUCAUCAAGUUCAUUGGAGAGCUGUUCAAGCUGCAUAUGUUGACGGAGCGGAUCAUGCACGAAUGCGUGAAGAAGCUGCUUGGCAACGUGGAGAACCCCAAUGAGGAGGAGAUUGAGGGCUUGUGUCAACUAUUCACGACAGUAGGCCAGAUCUUGGACACGCCCAAUGCAAAGGCGCACAUGGAUGUGUAUUUCCAGCGCAUGAAGGAGAAGCUUACUAGAAACGGUAAAGUGAGCCCCCGCAUGCAGUUUAUUCUUCUGGAUGUCAUCGAAUUGCGCGACCGCAAGUGGGUCAAUCGUGUGCAUGCUACUGCACCGACUGCAUUCCCUACUGAAUAUCGCUCCUUCGGCCCCAUACACGAUCGCUUCGCCGCCAUGUCGACUUUGCUCGGGGCUGCUGCCCGUUCCUCAUGGCGGGCUGCAAUUACUUCCGGUUCUUCCACUAGACCUUCCCCAUCCGUUACUUCCACCACCACACCGCACAGGCUGACCAAGAAGGAACAAGAGAAAAAACCCGGGCAGGCGAUCUCUACGAGGGAACGCGGUCAAAGAUCCAAGCGCCACGCGUCUUCGAGGGAACCAGGGAACGAGAUCGGAGACUCCGGGGCGAGGGGCGCCACUAGGUCCAGGUCGCAUAUACGGAGAGAAGAGGCAAAGACCUGCAAGCAACAAUCCAAGGACGAGACGCACUGAGGUACGAGAACGCGAGGCUAACGCGGUUCGCCACCAUUCGGUCAACCAUGCAUUGGCCCGCACGAUGGUACCUUGACAAAAGCUGAGCUAGAAGAUAACGCUUGAGCAUGUGGAGGUUCAAGGAGUGAAGGGGGGUGAAGGAGGCGACCAACUCCGUGGCCGACGCUCGCCUAGGGAGGUUAGAAACACGGAGAUGGAGGAGAGCGCAGACCAGACGGAAGAUAGAAGAAUCGGACUAGAUGAACUCCUGUCAGCGUUAUAAUAGCAACUGAAGCACACAUUUGCAACUAGUAUCCGAGGCGAGAAACUAGUCGCAUAUAUAAUCCGUAGACUUGCUGGUUGCUGAUCGAUGCUGGAGACAAACAAGAGGACACCUCGAGGUCACUACAGCAGAUGGAAAAUGUCGGGUAGCGAAGCUCGAAGUUCAAUGUCGAGGAAAUUCCGAUCACAUUUUGUUUGUCCGUUCCUCAAAUAUUAUCAUUAUAUUAUAAAU